AGUGCAUUGCGUGGAUACUACUAUCCUGAAAGCUCGACCAGGAUUCGAACCAGCGAUCCCUGGUUUUGCGAGGGCUUUAGCUCCAUGGAAGGCGUCGUCCAGGCGGAGACGACAGCGCCCAGCCCAGCUCCAGCCCCGGCUCGAGUACCAUUUCCCAAGCUCCAGCUUCGCAACCCCUUCGUUUUCAAAAUCGCCCAGAUCACUACAGGCGCUGGCGUGGGAUGUGGCGUCGGGAUUGGCGUUGGCAGGCCGAUUCAACUAGGGGCGCUCUCCAGAUUUGGGAUACCAGUCCAGGACUUGAACCGGCUUCUCGGUAAAUCUGGACGUUACUUCAAUCAGUUCAAAGCGAAGCUGGGAAUCAAGACUCUCGACGCUGGUAUCGGCUGUGGGGUUGGAAUCGGGCAUGGUUUCAUGUUGGUCGGUGUGGGCUUGAAACAAGGAGUGACGGAACAAUUGCUGCAAUUUGCUCAGGAUAGCGCGGCGGCACUCGCUAGUCGCUUCGGUCCACACUUGGGACCACUGGCUGUCGUGGAUAGCAAGAUGUUACUUCCUGGAUCCAACUUGAUAAGUCCAAAUCCCGCAGGACCUUCGUCUCCCAGUUCUCCACCCGCAGCUCGAGCGAACGUUUUAGCGAGCUACAUACCGGCAGCGUCAACCCCUCCCCAUGCUCCAUUCCAAAUGCCAGGCUCGACUUCGUCGCAAACACAAACCAGCGAGGUCGAGAGGUUGAGACUGGAGAAAGAGAUCCUUCAAACUCUUUUGCGACAGCAAAGACAGAUCGAGGACUUGAACGAGGAGUUGAAAGCAUUGCGAGAAGGGAAAGAAGUGACACCUGCACCACCACGGCCACAGUCCACUGCCCCGAGAUUGGCAAGCAGCGACCACUGGGAUCAGUGCUUCGAGUGCCGGAGAAGAGCUCGAAGAAGAUCAUAGCCCUGAGGCUUAGAACGAGAGGAAAAGAAAAAGGUUUUGUUGGAAGCAUUCUUUGAUCCUUACGACCACCCAAUGUCAACAGUGACAAGGUGGUGAUCUGAGGUACCUCUAGAGGACACCACUUUGUAUGAGCCCGGGAUAAAUCUGUACUGAAGAUGUGGUGACGCGAGUA